AUGCUGUCUCGAACUCUGCGAUCGGUGUCGUCAGCACCCAAUCUCCGGCAACGAGCAGCUGGUUCUGCUCUGUCGGCUGUUUCCACACCUCCUCCCCCAGUUCCUAAACUGCCAUCAACUUAUAUUAGAACUGCUCAUUUGCAUCAAUCGGCCAAAGCCACCAAACCGUCCAACCUGCUCACCAACAACUCGAAAUACAUGUCGUUAUCAGUGGCCGCGUUAAGGGCUGAAUGUAAGAAACGCGGUGUCAAGGUCGGUGGUCGUAAAGCUGAACUCGUCGAUAGACUCAUGUCUGUAGAUGCUUCGCAACGAGUACAAACUAUUUCUACUACUGCCAAGAAACAGGCUAAAGGUGACGAUUCCAGUAUAGACUAUUACAAGGUUCCACAUCCCGAGCCAGAGAAGUAUAAACCAGCAUUUAAAGUGCCGGUGUUGCCCGAUUCUGCUGGAGCCUCGUCAAAGGAGGUUCCUCAGCCCGAAUUCAACACCAGUGCGCCCGAUCACGGUGUAGCUGACCACGUUGAGGGUAAAGUGUCGGGCACAAAGGACGCUCCUAAAGUGCACGUACCAGGAUCGACUGAAGAAGGAAUUGGCGAGGACGAAUCGCCUCUAGAAAGCUCCUCUGGUGGCACCUCGUCCGGUAGUGGCGAGUUCUCUUCUGGUGACAAGACUUUCCUGGUCGGGUUUGCCGUCGCCGUCACCGCCUGGUGGUUCCUCCCUUUCGGCUCUAAGAAAAAGAAGAAGCCGACUCCCGAGUAA